AUGAGACAGAAUUGCGAUCGCAAAGAUGAGAUGCCGAGGGCAUCGAGAAAUGCGAAAUAUCGUAGGAUCUACGCUUCUCGCGCGUAGGUAGGCGAUGCGAGAGCGAAGGAAGGGAAAAACAGGGAAAAAGAACACGUCGCGGAAAGCACGAUGGUAGUGGUGGAGGCGACGGUGACAACAGCCGAGGUGGGGGCGACAGUGAUGUGGUAACAGCUGUAGCUCCAAGCUUUUUCGGAGUAUUUCCCGAUCGCGAGCGAAGUCGCGCUGGUGUGUAUUUUUUUUCUUCGCCACGCACAGGCCGUGGCUGCCGUAAAUCGUCGUCGUCAUUGUCAUCGUCAUCGUGGCCCGCGACGUUGCGGAGUGUCGCGGCGCGAGAGUCCGCGAAUGUCGCGAGACGCGGCGAUUGCGGCGCAUUAAAAGCGCAGAGUGCGGAGGAUACGCUAAAUGCGGUCCGCGGAGAAUCCGUACGCGAGCGAACACCUCUGACGCUCCGACGCGCCAUGUCGCGCGUUCCCAGCUGAUCCCACGUUUGACACGACCGACACGACGCACGACGUAGCUCGCGCGGGCCUUUCGACGGGACCUCGCCGAAAUUGCGUAAUUACGAGGAGACGAUAUAGCGCGGCGUUGUCCUCCUACCUUCAUGCUGUGACUCGGUCGUGAUUUUUGCUACACAAAUCCGUGCUGCGCCGCGUGAGAAUGGCGGAGUUGGAUGACUUAUUUCACACGGAUCAAUAUGUGGGCCCGGAACGGCUUACCGAUCUCUGCUACAAGCUCAUCUGCGAGAAUCUCGACAUUAUCUCGGUAAAGGGGAAACGCGGCCACCGGAUACUCCGGAAGGGGAUAACCUUUCCGAGCGAGAUAUGCGACAAGAUUAUAGAGUACGCACAGCGCAGCGAGGCGACCGAGGACGAUGACUGCUUCUUUUCGAUUUUCAAAAAUCUAGCGGCGACCCGGCUCAAACACGUCAAGAUCUCCAAUUGCAGCCUGACUGACACCUCGGUCCAGACUCUCGUCAACCACAAGCUUUACGAUCUCGAGCUCAACGAUUGUAGCAAUGUAUCGGAACUCUGUAUCGAGCACAUUAAUGCCAAUUCUGAGAAUUUGCAUAGUUUAGCGUGUCAUGGAUCCUCGAUGAUCAUACCAUCCAAUUUAUCCACCUCCUCCUCGUCUAUCAAUUACUAUGAACGAGGAUAUGUUUUUAAAACUCCAAAUUUGAAACGUCUGGCUUUGGCAUACGUAGGAAUACCUUCGUCAGAAUAUUUACUGCUUUUAGCGGGAUUGAGGAACUUGACGCAUCUAGACUUGUCUAACUGUUGUAACAUUGACACUUUUGAAUUUUAUUAUCUAGUACCAAAUUUAGUAUCCUUAACUUUGUACAAUGUUAAAUUUAAUAUCGACCCGAAAUCUUUUGUUAAGAACAUCUGUCAAUUGAAAAAUUUAAGGCACUUGGAUAUUUCUCAGUGUAAUCAUAAAUACGGACAGUUUGAAAAUCCCAAUAAGAUUUUGUCUGACCUGGUGAAUGGUCUACCUCAGUUGGUUUCUCUAGACAUCGGUGGUACGAACCUUGCGGGAAGAGGAGUAGCCGAACGUCCCAUCGAUACAAAUAUCGAGUAUAGCAAUUUUGCGCAACUGUCCGAUAUACCAGGACUCGCAUGUAGGAUACAUAAGCCGUUACAAUUUUUAGGACUUUAUGGAGCUGCGCACUCUGCUUGUAGAAGACACGACAUACCAGCAAAAGUGGUGGCUGGUGAUGCAAAUGAGGAUCAAAUACUGAUCGCAGCUCAUGUUUGUAUGGACAAUAAGCAAGAAUUACUGCAGAAAGUAUUGAGCGAUUUAUACCAUGUAUUUAGAUAUGAAAAUUGUCAUAGAAUGGAUCAAGCACUAUGUACUGUCUUGGAAGCAAUGGAAAAGCAUCCAGCUCAAAAGUAUAUACAGAUAUCGGGAAGCGCCACGUUAUUUUACAUAGUAAAAAUGAAGGAAAAGGGUGAAUUAGUAGCGCGAAUGAAGAGAAGAAUUAUCAGUACUCUCCUUGCUGGUAUGAGUACGCAUAGAGAUGAGGAGACUAUGAUGCGAAACGGUUGUUUGGCAUUGUGUCAAUUCCGCAUACCACAUGAUGUGAUGUCAAAUUAUGAGACUCUUGUAAAGGUGCUUUUACAUUCAGCCAAACACUCGGAGCCAGAAAGUUUUGUUCAAAGAAUCGGUAUAUAUCUUUUAAAUUCUUUGGCUUGUCAAGUGGAAGGUAAAGAGAAAAAAUUACUUGGCAAACUGGGUUGUGUCAAGACUAUGUUGGAAUUAGUGGAAUAUAGGGUAGAGGCAAAUAUAUUCGACGAUGUAUUAGAAGUCGCAUGGUCAACUAUGUGGAACAUGACCGACGAAACGUCUAUAAAUUGCCAACGAUUCUUAGAUGAGGAAGGUAUGGCACUUUUCCUCAAAUGUGUACAGCAAUAUCCACAUAAAGAAGAAUUGUUGAGGAAUAUGAUGGGUUUGCUUGGGAAUGUGGCAGAAGUCGAAUAUCUUCGAAUCCAUCUUAUGCAGGAACGAUACGUAACCGUCUUUGCCAAUCUCUUGUGCUCCAACAGCGAUGGAAUCGAGGUUCCAUACAAUGCUGCUGGUAUACUGGCACACAUGGCAUCUGAUGGUAUUGACUCUUGGACAAUAGAAAAGCCUACUCGUGAAGAGGUUCUUAAAUACAUGGUGCAAGCGAUUGAAAGUUGGGAUUUAAAUGCAGAACGUAAUAUCAAUUAUCGUUCGUUUGGACCAUUAUUACGCCUGCUGGAUGUGUAUCAUACGCCUCCGUGUCAGCAUUGGGCUGCUUGGGCUCUCGCCAAUCUCACCAAAGUAUACUCAUUUAAAUACUGUGCAUUGGUAGUAAAAGAAGGGGGACUGGAGAAAUUGCAUACAGUGAUAGCAGAUUCUAGACCAUACGAACGUAUAAAAGAACUCGCAAACCUGGUGAUUGAAAACUGUUGUCAAUAUGAGAGCCAUUCCGACGACGUAAAUGUUUCUCAUUCUGCCUUAGACGCGGAAUAUAGUUUGGAUGGCUAAAAAAGAUCUUAGUUAAAACUAAGACUAAAAACAUCACAUUGCAUAACUUAUAUCGUCUCUUUAGACAAAACAAAUUAUGAUUAGUAUCAUAACUUGGAUGAAUAGCGGAGGAAUAAUUACAUAGACGAGCCAGAUUAAACAUGAGCGUGUUACACGUAUUAACUUGAUGACAAAUAGGUCUGUUCUUUGUAACUAUAUUGUUAUACUUUCUGUACUUGAAGCAUAAUAUAUAAUUAGAUGAAGAAAAAAAGAGAAAUGAUGAGAAGUACAAAAAGUUCAACUGCAAAGAACAAACCUUUUUUUAUCAACAAAAAAGUGGAGAAGAACGGAUGCUCAAUAUUACAAUUACAAAGGUUGUGUAUGCAUGCGUGUGUGUGCGUAUGUGCGUAUGUGUGUAAUUCGUUUGUGCUCAUGUGCGUGCAUGGAUUUGUAUGGAAAAUGCGAAGUAUUUUGAAGUGACUAUUCAAUUAUCUGCAAAUAUUAUCUUAUACAUUAUUGCUGAUAAUUAAUGGUUGACUAAACCGAGAAUCUUUCAUUCAAUCGAAAUACAUACGGUGCCACAAAUGUCUUGCCAUAAAAUUAUACCAUUUCGAAAAUAUUCAGACAGAUACAUUUCAUGUUUAGAUAUUUGUGCAUCGUGAUUGUCGAUUGUUGAUUAAAAAAAGAAUUAAGAAUUAAAUUUUUAUUGAUUUAAAAACGGACUGAAUAUGAGCUUAUUUAUUUUUAAGGCUAGUUUUAUCAUCUCUUAUUAGCUCGAUUAGCUGAUUAAAUUUAACAAUAGUCAAUUAAAAAACUUAAAACUGAUUUAUCUCUAAUCUAAUUUUUUGCUUAUUGUAAUUAAAAAAAUUAAUUUAAAGUUUUAUACUUCACAUAAAUUAUAAUUAUUAUUAUAAUUUGUAGAAAUUGUAAAAUAAGUAAAAUAAAAUAAUACAAUAAAUUUAAAACUUUGCAAUUGGCUAUUUUUAAAUUGAGCCGAUCUAGCUAAUCGGAGAUAGUGAGACCAGUCUUUAUCUUGCGUAUCUACUCAUCAUGUUUGUAAAACACAAAUGCUAAACUUGAAUAGAAUUUUCAAUGAUGCAUUUGUCACUCUGUGUGUAUGUGUGUACAUACAUGAUACGCUUUUAGUAUGCAGAGUGUUUGAAAACAGGUGCAGAAAAAUUUAAGGAAUGAUUCUAAGAGAUAAAAUAAGACGAAAAUUGUAACAAAAUAAUUAUGUCUAAAAAUUCAUAUACUUCAGGCACUUUUACGUGAAUAUUUCAAUUUUCGCGUGAACAUUUAGAAUUAAGAAAUGAAGCAAUUCUAUUAUUCUUGAUUUUCAUCUUAUUUUAUUUUGGAAUUACUCUUUGAAUUUUCUUCCACUGGUCGCUAAACAUUCUGUAUAGUUGAACCUCCGUAUUCUGAAUACUUCUGUUCAUAUUCAGAAUGUUUUUAAUUAGUGAAAUUGCGAACGUAUACAGAUACGAUAAAAAGACUAAGGGGAAGAGGGAGGAGUAGCAAGUUUGUUCUAAUCGAUUAAAAGUAAGGAGGUUUGACUAUAAAAAAGCGAAAAUGAGUAAUCACAGCUAAGGCUUGUACACUUAUUAUACUUGUCUGUAACUAAUCUAUUGACUUUCGUACGAUACAUGGUUGUUUGUUUCGGUCUUUCUUUUCUCUUCUCUUUUCCUUGUAGAUAAUAUGCAGCGUAGAUAAUUCGUCUCCAUUAUACUAGAAUUUUUCCAAUACACAAGGACGUGACAGGCUUAGAAGAAUUUUGCGUGUAAAUAGGAUUACGGAAGAACAGUACAUUAGAUUUAAAUGUUUUGUAUGUUAUCGUUAAUUACUAUUAAAAUUCCCUGAGAAAAAGCAAUUUUAUCGAUGAAGUCCCAAUUACGCGAUCAACGAAUUUCCAGAUUUGUCUCUUCAUUUUUUUGUUCGACAGCAAGAAUGCGUGAAGAAAUAAUUACAGCGAUUGUUACCAGUGUCAACGUAAUAUGUGACGAUGUAAUCACAUAUAAUGCAUCAGUGCAUACUCGGUUUGUUCGAUGUAUAAUAUAAUAUUAUCUAAAAUCCUAAUAA